AAAUCAUUAGUCAUCUGCUUAGAUAAAAAUCAUAAAGAGAUAUAGAUAGUAACCAAAAAGAAAUAAAGAAAAUGGGAAGAGGUAGAAGAAGCUCAUCGUCUUCAUCGAUAGAAAGUAGCUGCAAAAGCAACCCAUUUGGUGGCUCUUCGAGUUAUAAUACUCGGAACCUAAGCACGGACCUGAGGCUUGGACUCAGCUUCGGAUCAUCUUCCGGACAAUAUUACAACGGUGGAGAAAAUCAAGAAUAUGAAGUCGUUGCGGCUGCUGAUCAUGAAAUGAUCAUGGAAGAAGAACAAGAAGAAGAUCAAAACGAGUGUAAUAGUCUUGGAAGCUUCUAUGUUAAGGUGAACAUGGAAGGAGUUCCUAUUGGAAGAAAGAUCGAUCUAUUUUCUCUGAAUGGGUAUCAUGAUUUGAUCACAACGCUUGAUUACAUGUUCAACGCCUCAAUCCUAUGGGCUGAGGAAGAAGAGAUGUGUAGUGAGAAGAGUCACGUGCUAACUUACGCAGACAAGGAAGGUGACUGGAUGAUGGUUGGAGAUGUUCCUUGGGAGAUGUUCUUGUCUAGCGUGAGAAGACUGAAGAUCUCAAGAGCUUAUCACUACUGAUUUGACCAAUACAGUGUGGGAAUAGUUAGUUUUGUCAUGAUGUAAAUCGCCUAUCAGAAAAUUUUAUUCAAGAUUUUGUUUCUAGUUUACUUCGUAAUGUUUUUAUUCGGUUAUAACUUCCAAGGAGGAAAAAAAAUUCAGAUCGAUCUUUCUUUAGAAGGUUAAUGUUUUGUUGUUUAUUAGAUUUUUUUUUUUUUAAUUUCAGAAAAUC